AUGGAGAAAGGAAGAGAACGAGACCCGCGGAGAAUGUUGCUUCGCCGAGCACCGCCCUCGCAGGGUCAGAUUGAUAAGGACGCGCGGGUAGGUGGUCGUGCCUCCAGUUCGAACUCCGAUAGAUAUCCGGGCUCAUCUUCAUCGUCUCAGCGUGGUGUCGUACGUCCGCAGGUUUUUCCACAACCAUCGGUGCAGCCACUUUUUUCCUCGGCAGCUGCGACUCAACACUGCGAGAAAAGCUGCAGUACUAGUAGAAGCAGCAAGUCUACUGGCAGGAUAAAUGUAAAUGAAACAAGUGGCACGGUGGAGGAAGUUGUAGACCACUUGUCAUCGACCGGUAGUAGCAGCAGGGAGAGUGGUUAAAAAUACGCCACGGUAGGUGGUUAAAAAUACGAGGAGGUUGUGAGAAAUUAUCAUGUGUAUGAACCAAAACCAAUCGAAUGUCUGUUGAGUCUUCUAUUUUGUGUUUCGAGCAAUAUGUUUAAAUUGUUUAUCGGUCUGGCUCUGGCGAUAAUUGCCAGAGUCAGACCUACGAAUUAAGUACACUCCUUUUGAUUUUUCCCCAUCCCAGAAAGACAAAGAGAAAGAGAUUUCCAAAAAAUAGAGAGGCGAAACGGUGCUCAUACUGUAAAGAAAUUUUAUACGGUUAAU